AUGACUCCCGCACCGGGACCCAACGGCUGCAUAGCCAAACCCGUCACCAUCGCCGUCGUUGGCGCUGGGAGUCGUGGCACUGUCAGCCUUCCCCGCAUUCUUGUGUUGAUUGGCAUCGCCGCUCACCAUCCGUCUUUUCCCGCAAACACAGGCAACAUCCCGGAAGACCUACAGUUCACGAGCUGGAAAGACCUAAAGGCCAAAGGCAAAAUUUCUGACGCCGUCGUCAUCGCCGUCCAGGACCACCAACAUGUCGAAGCCGUCGAAGAUUUCGCAGAGCUGGGAUAUCACAUACUAUGCGAAAAGCCUAUGGCCACUUCGGUUGCCGACUGCGUCAAGAUCCGUAACUUGGCGCAGGCGACGGCACCAAAAGUCUUUGGCAUGGGCCAUGUCCUCCGCUACUCACCAUACAAUCGCGCCGUCAAGGACGUGAUCGACUCUGGUGCUCUCGGCGAAAUUAUCAACAUCCAGCACAUUGAACCCGUCGGCAACCAGCACUUUGCACACUCAUACGUGCGUGGAAACUGGCACAAGGAGGCAGAUUCCUCAUUUUCGCUCAUGACGAAAUCUUGCCACGACAUUGACAUUGUCAACUUUUACCUCUCCGGGCUCAAGCCCACCAAAGUGCACUCGUUUGGCUCCCUCCGCCACUUCAAAAAAUCGCAGAAGCCGGCCGCCGCUGGCUUGGCCAAGCGCUGUCUCGAGUGCCCACACGAGCAAGACUGCGUAUGGAGCGCCAAGAAGAUUUACAUUGAUACCUUGAAGGGGGAUGUUGAGAAGUGGGCUAGACACUUUGUUGAUUCCGAAGUUCUCGACAUCGAAAACGUUACCAAGGCGUUGAACAGGACGAACUACGGCACCUGCGUGUACGAGGGCGAAAACGAUGUCGUGGACCACCAAAUUGUAAACAUCGAAUACGAGGGCGGCACCACAGCCAGCGUCACCAUGUCUGCAUUCACCGAGUCCGUUUGCCAGCGCGGCACGCGCAUCCAAGGCACCAAGGGCGAGUUGAUUGGCGACAUGACUACUUUCGACGUAUUCGACUUUCUCUCCCGGACCAGCAAGCACUACGCACCCAAGCUCGAUGGCGGCUACCACGGCGGCGGCGACACGGGUCUCGCUCGUGCGUUUGUCAGCGCGGUCGCCGAGGAACGGCAGAGCGUGCUGCAAGUUACAAUCGAUGACAUAUUGGAUUCCCAUCUGCUUGUCUUCGCGGCCGAAAAGGCACGCAAGGAGAGCUGUGUCGUGGAUUUUGCACAAUUUAAACAGCUUAGCUUGGAUCGCAAAUAG